UGACCCUCACCUGACAUGAUGGAGCUGCUGGACUACCUGCAGGACCCGGAGCUCGUGGCCCGGUUCCAGAGACGAUGCGGACUCUUCCUCGUCGAGGCGUCGUGCCGCGGCCCGGAAAGGACCCGAUCCCAGAACGGAGUCCAGCUCCACCGGGAGAACACACAUGGCUCAGAGAGGAGAGGAUCAUGGGACCAUCAGGACAAGAACUCCAACCAUAAACCCACCCUGAACGGACCAUGUGCUAAUAGCUGCAGCAGGCCUCAGUAUGAGGUGAAAAACUGGCUGCUACACUUCCUCUUCCUGUUCUCAUCCAGCCUUGGUCACGAGGUCUUUUACAUCACCGGCCUGCCCUGCAUACACUGGAAUCUGGAUCCUUUCCUCUGCCGUCGCCUCGUCAACAUGUGGACAUUGGUGAUGUACAUCGGCCAGGUGAUGAAAGAUGUGCUGAGGCUACCCCGCCCCUCCUCGCCGCCCGUGGUCAAGCUGGAGCCCCGAGUGGACGCAGAGUACGGGCUGCCCUCCACCCAUGCCAUGGCCGCCACCUCCAUCUUUUUCACACUUCUGCUGAGCGCGCCCAGCAGAGUCCAGUUCCAGUUCGAGAUUGGUCUGCUGAUUGCAGUGACGCUGUCGUCCUUGGUGUGUCUGAGCCGGAUCUAUACUGGCAUGCACUCAGUUCUGGAUGUGGCCUGCGGCUUCUUGAUCUCCGCCGUCAUCAUUCUGGUCACCUACCCUUUUUGGGAAUCGUUCGACAGAUUUCAGCUAACCAACCCCUUCUCCCCCGUUGUGGCUCUGUCAUUACUCCUCUUCCUCAGCUACACAUACCCAGAACUGGACCAUUACACCACCACAAGAGGAGACACCACCACCAUACUGGGUGUGUGCGCUGGCUGCUCAGUGGGAUACUGGGUGAGCGAGCAGCUUGGGCAGACAUUCGAGCCCCAGGGGUUACCUGUACCCUUUCCCACACUGACCGCCCCGUCUGUGGCACUGGGGGUAGGACGCUUCCUGCUUGGAGUUGUGGCACUGGUGGGAACUAGGCAAAUUGUGAAAACGCUGAGUCUGCAAAUGUUAUACGCUUGGUACAGGGUUCCAAAAACUGAUAAGAAUGCCAGGAGGCGGAAGGAGAUUGAAGUGCCUUCAAAGUUUGCCACAUAUACAGCUGUUGGACUUGUCAACUCUAUUUUAGUCAACAGAUUCUUUGCUUUCAUUGGAUUGCUAUGACGUCUAGCAUUCCGUAAUUCUCAUAUUUAUUUUAUGCUGCAUAAAAUGAUCUAUUUUUAAAAAGUAUUGAAAACACUUAAGUGUAUAAAUUCUCAGUGGGAAUGAUUCACCAUGUGUGACUGAUCUACAACUGAGCAGAAAAACAAAAAUACUGUGGUUACAUGAGAAUAAAGUUUAUGCUGUGUUAUGAA